AGUCCUUCCUCCGGGCCCCAGCUCUGCCCGCUGCGACUCAGACACGGCGUGCUGCACCGGGAGCCCCUGAGUCCAGCGAUGCUGCCCCGGUGGGAACUGGGGCUCUGCCUCCUUGUCUCCCUGGGCUUCCACGUCUGCUCCUUCUACGAAGUUUACCGAGUCUCCAGGGAGCAUGAAGACGAACUGAACGAAGAGUUUGAGCUGGAGACAGAUGCUCUGUUUGGAGGACUGAAGAAGGACCCGACUGACUUUGAGUGGAGCUUCUGGCUGGAAUGGGGGAGGCGGAGGUUGCUGUGGCUUUUCCUUGGCCAUGCGGCUGUGUCUCAGUUGGCCACAUUGCUCACAAAGAAGCACAGACCCUGGAUCCUCAUGGUCUAUGGAAUGUGGGCCUGCUGGUGUGUGCUGGGGGUUCCAGGCGUGGCCGCAGUCUUUCUCCACGCCACCGUUGCCUUCUGCGUGGCCCAGUUCCGGUCGAUGCUCCUGACCUGGCUGUGUUCUCUCCUCCUCCUCUCCACCCUGAGGCUGCAGAGUGUGGAGGAAGCUAAGAGGAAGUGGUACGAGACGGAAAAUGAGUACUACCUGCUGCAGUUCACCCUGACCGUCCGCUGCCUGUACUACACCAGCUUCAGCCUGGAGCUGUGCCGGCAGCCUCCGCCCGCCCAGCGCGCCCCCCACUCCUUCCCGUGGCUGCUGGCCUACGUCUUCUAUUACCCGGUCUUCCACAAUGGACCCAUCCUCAACUUCCCGGAGUUCUUCAAGCAGAUGCAGCAGCCAGACCUCAGCUCUCCACAGCGCAGCCUCUGUGGGCUGGCCAAGGCCCUGGGCCGCCUGCUCUGCUGGUGGUGGCUGGCCGAACUGCUGCUCCACCUCAUGUUCAUGCACGCCCUCUGUGGCAGCACCCGGCUCCUGGAAAGGCUUUCCUGCUGGGCCCUAGGGGGCCUGGCCCUGGCCCAGGUGCUCUUCUUCUAUGUGAAGUACUUGGUGCUGUUUGGUGUCCCGGCUCUGCUCAUGCGCCUGGAUGGACUCACGCCGCCGCCCCUCCCCCGCUGCGUCAGCACCAUGUUCAGCUUUACUGGGAUGUGGAGGUAUUUCGAUGUUGGACUACACAGCUUCCUAAUCAGGUACGUGUACAUUCCCCUGGGAGGGUCCCAGCGUGGCCUCCUGGGGACGCUGCUUUCCACUGCCAUGACGUUCGCAUUUGUGAGCUACUGGCAUGGCAGCCAUGAGGACCUCUGGAGCUGGGCAGCGCUCAACUGGCUGGGAGUGACCGUGGAGAGCGGAGCCCGGAGGCUGCUGGAGAAGCCCCUCGUCCGGGAGACCCUGGCCCGGUUCCUCUCCCCGCCAGCCCGCCGUCGGCUGCACGCUCUGCUGGCCUCCUGCGCCACGUCCAUGCUGAUCCUGUUCAACCUGGUGUUUCUCGGGGGGAUUCAGGUCGGAAAAACCUACUGGGACAGGAUCUUCCUACAAGGCUGGCCAUGGGUGACCCUGUCUGUAUUGGGAUUCCUGUACUGCUAUGCACAUGUGGGUAUCGCCUGGGCCCAGACAUACACAGUUCUCUAAUGCUGCUGAGCCAGGUCAGCCUUGCUGUCAGCCUUCAGGGACACGGCAUUCCGCCCGGACCUCUCACUCAGAGACCGUCCCUGAGGGACCGCCUUUUACUCCAGGACAGUCCCUGAGGGCCACCUUCUCCAGGACAGUCCCUGAGGGCCGCCUUCUCCAGGACAGUCCCUGAGGGACCGCCUUCCACUCCAGGACAUCCCUGAGGGCCGCCUUCCAUUCAUCUUCUCUCUGAGACUGGAAGCUUGAUAUAGCUCAGAAAAUGUACAACCCCAAAUCCUGUAGAGCUUCAAAGAGUUUCUACCCCAGAAGCUUCCUGCUGCGUAAGAUGGAGUCCAGAGCAGUGUCCUCUCAACUAAACCUGGCGACAUUUGUUCUAGAUCCUCCCACAGACCUGUUGAGUUCUUUCUGCUCUACCAAAGAUGCAGUGUGAGUUGAACUCAGAAUCAACACUUUAUUUUGGCACGGAAGUCCUGGUUAGGGAGGGCCCGCCCUCCCUGAGACGGUCUAUAAUACUUUGAUGACCUGUUCCCAUGUCCUGCACUGGGGGCUCUGGACUAGCCCUCACAGGACAGUCCUUGGUAGGGAGGCAGCAAUCCACACUGCUUCAAGCGGCUAGAAUGGGUGAGGUAUGGCUGGGGCAUUCUGGGAAGUUCUGCAGUAUGAACUUUCCUGGGGAGUCCCCACGUAGCUGCUGCUUUCUGAGAUCUGUGGCCAUGGAGUAACACGGUCGUUCCUCUUCCAGCUGUUCUGCGCUGGAGAGUGGGGUCCACGCACAGGUGCUACUGGGCAAGGCCCCAGGGGCUAAGUCUGUUUUGCUCAGUGGGUUUUAUUGCCUUAUCUCAUUCAAAGAAAGCAAAACCUUUUUUUGUUCCAUAGAUAAUUCAGUUUUUUUUCUAGGCUUAUUUUGUACAUUUUUAAAUAAAAAUUUUGAGAGCACCUGCAGUCUCCACUGCCUGUGAAUAGACCCCAAGUCUGGUUCCCGGCAACAGUCAGCCAUCUCAUCAGCCCUGGCAACUUCCGGAGCAGUUCUGGAAAACCGCUGGGCAAGGUGCGGAGUCACUGCCAGUCCCGGAACCCUCGGGCCCAGACCUAGCUCCAGAGCAAAGCCAGAGUCUGGUCAACUGCGGAGGUAGCUGGCACCAGGAGGGAAGCAAGACGCCCAAAGGCAACCAAAGUCCUGCUGGCAUCGUGGUCGGUUCUUGGAGCCACAAAGAGUGCCGAAUGGCAUUACAUUUCCAGGUGUGUGAGAACAUGGUCUUGGUCCAGAGAAGAUCACUCGUACCCGUGGGACCUGCUGCUGGCAACUGUGUGUGGCGGGCAGGGCCGGGCUCCCUUGCAGAAAUGGAGACUAUUUUCUCUGCUGUUGGCUGGCUAUGUACUGGAAACCUAACUACAGCGUUUAUACUUUAGGCAAACACCUCGGGAUGGAUGUGAACAAUAGGGCUGAGCCCCACCCACUGCCCCAAAGGUCGUGUGAGUUAGUGCGCCUACUGCUAGUUGGGUUGACUAGUUAAAAAUCCUAUCUACGGGUUUAACCACGGAAGACUAAGGAUGCAGUUAAUGCUCAGCCGCUUAUCAGCGAAGAGUCUGAACUGAGCAUUAGUCAUUUGGGAUUUGGGUAGUCUCAUCAUUAGUUUCGCCAGGCCCGUCUGUAAUCAAACAGGGGCUGAAGGGUGGCUUUAAAAAUGCCACUGCUUGUUGUUGGCCAGGGAGGCUCUCCAUGUCCCGACUGGCUUCCCGUACGGAUCACUCAUGCCAGAAUUAAGUUCCACCGUCCGCAGAGAGGGAAGGACUUUUUGCACAUUAGGUCACGGGGUAGUAAUAAGACGUGGGUGCAGCGCUGUGGACUCUGGCUCCGUGUCUGCUGAGGAAGCAGCAGAGCUGUGGCUGCACUGUGAGAACUGUUCAGGCAGGUGGGCCUCUGCCUCAGGAGCCCUGGACACCAUCAUGACACGGGGUCAGAGGUCAAUGCUGUUGACAGAGUCACUCACAGCUGUUUUUGCUCUUUUACAAAGUAGGGGCAACACUAAUAUGCAAAACUCAAGCCAAUUUGCUCAAGAUGAGAACGGCACGUUCGAGCAGGAGGCAGACCGGAGAGGUAUGUGAAAGCAAAUGCUGCGGUUUGAACGAGGUUUGCCCCCUCCACUGGAGCCUGAAGCCACGGCCAUCGCCGUGGCUUGACUGUGAAGGACUCGUAUCUUUAGGACUCGUGUCUAGAGGCAGCCUUUUAGUUUCCCACGGCAGAGGCAGAACCUGCUCAGGGAACAAGCAUCGCUCCACUUCCCUGUGGCCACUCGGUGACCAGCGCUCAGACAGAAAGCAUGCUGGCGCUAGCACUGUGAUUUCCCCAAUCCACGGUAGGUUCCUGUCGACUGCCAACAGGACAGGAUCUGGAAUUACCUUUGAGACAAAUCUCUCAGCCUACCUGCACUUCUUGGGCUGGGAUGAUGGGCUGCAGAGAAAGAGAGAGAGAGAAACAGAGCUGAGGCUCGGACUGAAGUACAUUGUGACCUCCUCCUGCCAUGACUCCAUGCCAUGACGGACUGCAGCGCCCUCAAGCCAUGAGCUGAAGUAAAUCCUUCCUGCAAGCUGUUUCGCCCCAGCAACAAGAACUAAUGCAAGGCGCCACCCACCCUCGAGCUUCCCAGACCUUCAAAGACACCUUGUUAGGUUUGUGUGCUGGGUGCAGGCACCUCGGGGCCAGAAGAAGCUGUCGGAUCACUAGAGCCGGAGUUAGGCCAGCCACUCAUGGAGGUCGUGAGAGCCAAGCACAAACUGCCGCAAGAGCAGACAGCACCUGACUGAAUGACAGAAGAAAAGGCCACGGCAAACAAGCAUCACAUAUAAAAUAGUUUAUUACCAUAAUAAAUAAAAUUUAACUUUUUUUACAAAGAUCAUUUGUGCUUGUUUAAAAAUGUCAGGAAGGGGUGUCGUCUCUGGAGUGCCGCGUGCUCUCCACAGCCCCGCACCACAGUCACAGUGCGGCGCUUGGCAGCAGUCUCCGCUCAUGUGCACUUCCUUCAUUCACGCUCGUUCGGACAGAGGAAAAAGAAACGAAAACCCGGUAAAGGACUUGGCAGGACUGAUGGAGACUGUUCGUAGGAGAAGCCCCAGAUCGACAAGCUGCUCGUGAGCAUAAAUGUCCUUGCAGCUCGGGUGUGGACGCCCUCCAGCGGAUGCUGAGCCCGCGUCUGAACAUGAAGAGCUCCGCUCACGGGGCGCUGUGUCCCCCACGAGCAUGCUGUCUGCUGAUGGAGGAGCAGGGGGCUGGACGACCUGGAGUCACAGGUAGAGAAUCAGUGUCCCGGGGGAAGGCUGGGCGCCCUGGAGACACUGCCACCAGGCCUGGCACCUUGGGGAAUUCUAAGGCCGCCUUUAAGCUUCUGACGCGCUAGUGCGAAGACUGAUGUGAGCUGCAGGUGAAUUCACGCCGCCUUUGGGCUGUGAGAGGGGCAGGGAGGGAGUCUCCACACCCACACCCUGGCUGGAGAACGGUCCUCGGGAGCUCAGGGCCGGGUGCACUGCACUGGGGUGGAGAGCUCAGGCGCUGGUGAAGCGAGUGAGAAGGCAGGAAUGGAACGGGACGACGGCGACGGCGGACAUUGCGGGAGCAGGGCCCUCCGAGGGCUGGGCCUAGCAGGCCUCCUGUCUAACAGUGGGAGAGGGGCUAGGAAGGAGACAGGCCCCACCCCGCUGCAUCUGGGCUCCGUUCAAGUGUCUUAAGGCUAAACAUCUUUAUUUGUAACUUCGCCAGGGCUCCGGAGAGGCCCUAGCGUGUCCCUGGGAGCUGUCAGUGUGACAGGGUGCCGAGGGUCUGGCCCUGACUGCUUUUUCUAGAGUACAUUCAGUCUCUAUUCCGACCCGCACACGGACACCUGGCUUCACACUCUCUCUUUUCCACUUAAGGAUUCGGAAACUGAGGCCUGGGGGGGGCAGUGUUUCUCUACCCCUUGCCAACCAUCCUGCUGCUGAGGCAGCCCAGAGGCGCUGACACGGCCCUAGGAAUCGGUUGACAACAACUAAGGAAAGCCGGAGGUACUGUUCAGUGGCAAAGCUCUCCCCAGCAUGGGCAAGGGCCUGGCUUUGACCUUCCGUGCCCAAACCAAGAAAGGACGCCCGCCGGGAAGCUGCUGCGAUGGGCCCUGCUCCGGAAGCCGGCAGGAGCGGGUCAAGGUGCCUACAUCAGAGCAUCAGCAGGGCUGCACGGGGGAGGAGACUGCCCCUGCCUCUGGGAUGGCGCGGCCGCCGGACGAGGCAGCGUGCCUACCGAACACGCAACUCUGCCACUUUGGUUGAUGCCUAGCCCACACUACUGCAUGCCUGCAGGAAGAGAGCAGGCUGUCAGCCAGAGCGGGGCCGCCUCCUGUAGCCUGCCAGGGAAGCCCCGGGGAGACGGCACUCUGUGUGGAUGGCAGCCACAGUAGCUGGUUCAGACCGAGUGGCCAGCACAGGCUGGACCCCUCCGAAGAGGCAGAGCUCAGGCGUUGGUCUGAGAUCUCAGGGUGGAGUCUGACACUUGGCAGUUCUGCUUCCCAGGCUCUCCUCGGCCAGCGGACAAUGGCUCACACAGAAAGCCGCAGGCCAGCAUCCUGCGCUCCUUGGUUGGGACCUCAUAAAAGCUGGGUCGGCACCAGACAGCCCCUGGCCCAGUGAGUGCCGUGAGAGUUUAGAAUUGUUUCAGAGAGGCCAAUCAGAGCAAGACUGCUGGAGAAAUGAGGAAAAAGAGAAGCCAGGCGCAAGUGUUCUGCAGGAACUCUGGGGUCCUACACUCCUAGAACCCAGGGUGGACAGAGACACCCCACCCCAAGGAUGCAGACAUCAUUUGCAUUGACCUCGGAGAGCGCUCACUGGCACUCCAGCAUCUGGAUCCCUCAGACCCCCAUGGGGAAGAGCCACCCACCUCAGACAGCUGUUAAGGAGCAGCAGGCCGCUGCCCCACUGGCUGGCAAGACGCUAGAGGACCAUUAAGCCCCAGAGCGGUCCAGAAGGAGCUCUGGAAGCAGGUGCUCCUGAGGCUGAGUGUGGCCCGGCCACGGGGCCUGCCUCCCCGAAGCUGAGCAGCUCCUAGACCUCAGCGCCAGGCUGGUGAGUAUCCUUGAGGAGUGUCCUUGUGGGACAGUCAGGGGCAGUUGGCAUCAGGCAGCCCACGAGGCUGCAGGCCUAGCUUUACCCAGAGUGGGCAUCUUUGAAUGCUGCCGCAUCUUGGUCUAGGGAUGCCCUGAGCCAGCCCUUAAGCAGUGUGUGAAAAGCUACAUGCGUGCACAGCCCUGCUCUCCCAGGGCCGUCCAUCCUGCACAGACGGCCAUGCAUCGAGACCCAGCAGGUGCCGGGGCCACCAAGCGGAACGCUACGCCUCUUUGGUAGAGCAUGUCCUGAGCGCCAGGUUCAAGAUGCCGCCACCCUGAACCGUCAAAGCUGUUGGCGCUAAGUGUGUGUCACUCGCUGUCCCAGCCCCUCUCGAAUCUCACUGCACAGCUGAGAUUCCAGGCUCCCCUGGCGCUGCUGCCACCCCUCCAGAUGCACACCUGGGCUAGCUCCUCUGGCCUGUCCAUGCCACUGAGAGAAGGCCGAGCAUCUGAGCUCGAGCGACCGAGGCAGUGUGUGUCCCUGCCAGGAGGUGGCAAUCUGCAGAGAGACGGCCCUGCGACCACACAUCCCCAGCUUAUCACAGAGACGUCAUGAAAGCCAACGCGUCACUCUCUUUCUCCAGCUCCCUGGAGAAUAAUCAUGGUCCUGCCAUUAUUUUUGGAGUAGGAAAUAGGUUGGCUUUCAAAUAAGGCUAAGUGUGGCUCCCACGUGUCCUCUAUUGACCCCAUGCACUGGACAAAAAUCCCUACGAGAAUCAAAAUAGAAACCUAGUACUCGCUACAAUCAUUGUUUUCUGAGGUUGUGUGUGUGUGUGUGUUUGUUAGGAAAGCAACGCUGGGCUCCUGCCCCUUCCUGUCAAUGCCCCACACCCUGAGGAGAGCCAUGGCAAGCUUGGGAAAAGGUCGAGGCAGGGGCAGAGAAGCUCGCAUCAGGAGGCCUUACUGUAGCAUGGUGAGUGCCAGAGGGUGGGAGCUUCCGUGUCAGAAGCAGGCUGUGGACCACACAACAGAUCCUGUUCCGAGCGAGGGCCCUCUCCAGCCCUUACCCUUGCCUAGCCUCUUCCAGGCAAGGGAACCCGAGGAGCCCAGCCCGCAUCUCCAUGGCACAAAGGCCCUCCUGCCCAUCAAGCUCCCCUUAUUGCAAGUUUGUUACAAAUGGCAAGAGUAGGAAAACAGAUGGUGAUGUCAGACCCAGGGGGUGAAUGCCCAGAAGUCCCUAUGCCUGUCGUGGUCUUCGGGGGUCUUGUGAGGAAGCCCUGUGUGGUCUGUUCUCGGGGCUCUCAGGAGUUCCCACAUGGCUGCUGUCCUCCUCCGGCAGUUUUAAUCUUUUACAAACAGCGUUGGUAAAACCCGCUGAAGGAAAUGCUCUUUGGCUAGGCAGCAUGGCCCUCUUCCGUAACUGUCGGUGGCUGUCCACACGCAGCGGCCAUCCUGCAGAGUGCUGUGCCCCUCGUGCUCCUCUUACGCCUUCCAGAGACCACGAAUCCACACCUGCGCCAUUUGGUCCCACUUUGACUUCCUGUCAGGAAAAGCCUACCUUGAAGGUUGUUGGUCGUGUGGGUGGUGGGGGUGUCGAGGGCGAGGGGACAGGCCUUUGUCCGUGAUUUUUUGUUUGUUCUGAAAUGUUCCUCUCAGCUUGCUCCAAAAAUGUCUCUGUCUGACUCCGGGGACUGGGGCCUGGAGAU